AUGGUUUCAAUUCCACCACUUCAUCCGCGCCAGUUCCCCGUGUCAGGAUUCAUGAAAUUAGAUCCCUCCAAUAAAAUAGAGGAGGAACAACUUCCCUUUUAUGUCGCAGAAUCUUACUACCUUGUCUAUAUCGGGGAAGUAUUUGCGUCCAGGUACCAGGUGGUCUCCAAGCUCGGAUAUGGCACAUCUUCCACAACCUGGCUAUGCCGAGAUCUCCAAGAACGCGGUUACUACACACUCAAAGUGUGCGUUCAAGGCCAGCAGCCUAAUAACGAGAUUGCAACAUCUGAGCAUCUAAGGAAAUGCAGUGAUCAUUCUGGGAAAAAGCUAGUUCGUCUAGUCCUGGAUUCAUUCGAGCUUGUUGGCCCUCAUGGCAAACACACAUGUUUAAUUUAUCAGCCUCUUGGGAUGACAUUUACGGAGUUUCGUGACUUGCUUCCUGAAAGGAAAUUCCCCAAAAAUCUUCUCCAGAGGAGUAUCCAACUUACCUUGAUCGCGCUCGCCUUUAUGCAUGAGAAUCAUGUCAUCCAUACAGGCCAAAGUUACGCUUAUACAUUCUUACAUAUCUCAUCAAAUAAUCUACACUUCGGGAUUGAGGACCCGUCUGUCCUUUCGCAGAUUGAAGAAGACGAGACAAAGAGACCAAUUGCUAGGAAGGUUCUGCCUGAUCGCAUUAUUUACUUCUCCCGACCAAUGCCUGUCAGUACAGGCUUACCUGUACUCUCUGAUCUCGGUGAGGCUAGGAUUGGAGGAGACAAGCAAAGGGGAGAUAGCAUGCCCGGAAUCUACCGGGCACCAGAGGUGGUAUUAGAUAUGGAUUGGGACUCCAAGGUUGAUAUCUGGUCAAUUGGUGCCAUGGCUUGGGAUCUAGUUGAAGACACUCAUCUGUUCUUCGCAAAGAAAGAUCGUGUUCUCAAUGAUGACCAACACCUCGCCGAAAUGAUCUCGCUUAUGGGUUCUCCUCCUCCGGAGUUUCUCAAAAGAAGUGAAAAGUCAGAACGGUUUUGGACUCCGCAAGGCAAGUGGAAGGGAGCUGUGCCCAUACCAGAGCAAACGCUAUCAAUGAGAGAACGGCAGUUCUCUGGAGAAGAUAAUAUCCUCUUUUUGAAUUUCUUGAGAAACAUCUUCCGCUGGUCACCAGAUGAGCGACCAACAGCAGAGGAACUUGCAUAUGACGACUUCUUGAUGCAGCCCGUGCUAGAAUCUAGAGCCCAGAAAUGA